GGCCAGACACUGUCACAACUUGCCGUUAAAUAGACCCAUCUCCGCACCAUUGGAGAGCAAGCAGCACAAACCAGAGCUCCUCACGAAGAGCUAAGCAAUCGCAACGCAUCAGAUCACCAACAUUCAUCCCUAGCUUACUAGCUAGCUGAUCCCAAUGGCGAGCAGCACCGCUCUCUCCUGCCUGGCCGCGCUCCUGCUCCUCGCGGCUGCCGGGGCGCCGGUGUCCGCGGCGGAGAAGGAGACCCGGCUGCGGGUGUACUGGCACGACGUCGUGAGCGGCGGGCCGAACGCGAGGGUGGUGCAGGUGGCGCAGGCGCCGUCCUCCAACGCCUCCGCCACGGGCUUCGGCACCGUGCUCGUCAUCGACGACCCGCUCACCGAGGGGCCCAACCUGACGUCGAGGCUCCUCGGCCGCGCGCAAGGCAUGUACGUCAGCGCCGGCAAGGACAGCUUGUCGCUGCUCAUGGCCAUGAACUUCGUCUUCGUCGACGGCGCCUACAACGGGAGCAGCAUCGCCAUCAUCGGGCCCAACCAGGCGGACCGGGCCGUCAGGGAGAUGCCCGUCGUCGGCGGCACCGGCGUCUUCCGCUUCGCGCGCGGCUACUGCCAGUUGCGGACCCACUGGUUCGACGCCAAGACCGGCGAUGCCACCGUGGAGUACAAGAUCCAUCUCCGCCACGACUGAUGCAUUGUCAGCUGGACUAAUGAUAAGCAUGUUGUUCCUACAUAUGAUUUCCUGAUUUUACCGCUAGCUUAUUUGUUAUUUCGAGGGUACGUAUAUGUGUUGUACGGCGAUGAUUUAUUCGGAGUAAUACGGGGGGUUAAUAAACAUUUUAGUUUUGGAAUGAAA